CCUUUUAAAUUUCUUCAUUCAUCAUUAUUGUCAUUGUCAGUCACUCCAGGUCGGACAGUGUAUACGUAUUUUCUUAUGGUGUGGUGUAUUUUCAAUAAUAUUGGUUUGAAUGUCUAUUUAAUGUGUUUUUGAUUAAAUAAUUGUAGUGACUUUUAAGUUAGUAUCACACGUAAAGUGAGUUGGAGAGUUUUCACUAAAGAGCGAGCGGCCGUGUUGAGCGGUGUUUUACAAUGGCUGAGUAUUUAGCUGCUAUAUUUGGAACAGAAAAGGAUAAAGUAAACUGUUCCUUCUAUUUCAAAAUUGGAGCAUGCAGACAUGGUGACCGGUGCUCUCGUAUUCAUAACAAACCAACGUUCUCACAGACUGUGCUGUUGCAGAAUCUGUAUGUAAACCCUCAGAAUUCUGCCAAGUCAGCUGAUGGCAGUCAUUUGGUUGUCGCCAAUGUGUCCGAUGAAGAGAUGCAGGAGCAUUACGACAACUUUUUUGAAGAUGUCUUUGUUGAAUGUGAAGACAAAUAUGGAGAAAUUGAAGAAAUGAAUGUGUGUGACAACUUAGGCGAUCACUUAGUUGGAAAUGUGUAUAUAAAGUUCCGCCGUGAAGAGGAUGCUGAGAAGGCUGUUAAUGACCUGAAUAACCGUUGGUUUGGUGGUCGGCCAGUAUAUGCGGAACUGUCCCCUGUGACGGACUUCCGUGAGGCGUGCUGUCGUCAGUAUGAGAUGGGAGAGUGCACUCGCAGUGGAUUCUGCAACUUCAUGCACUUGAAGCCUAUUUCUAGAGAACUAAGAAGAUACUUGUACUCCCGUCGCAAAGGAUCACGUCGUUCCCGAAGCAGGUCCCGCGACCGUCGCCGCCGCUCACGCUCUCGCGGAGAGAACCGUCGCCGCGAUCCGCCGCGCAACUCCCGUUCCGAAUACAUCAACAUUGAGCGGCAUCAUGGAGCGGCAAUGUCCAGUUUCCCUGUUGCCCUUCGUCGUUUUGUAGGUUACAUGCAUUCGCCAAAUGAUACGUCAUGGACAUUAGGCCUAACUCGCAUCUCGUUCUGA